GGAGGCGCUAUUGGGUUACUGGGAGGCCGUUGGGGGGUUACUGGGAGGCCGCUGGGGGAUAACCGGGAGGUGCUGUUGGGUUACUGGGAGGCAGUGGGGGGCACUGGGCUCACUGGGGUCGCUGGGCGCAGGCUGGCCAGCAGCAGCCGGGACAACCCCGUGCACCUCUGGGACGCCCUCGAUGGGAGCCUGCGGGGCUCCUUCCGCGCCCACAACCACCUGGACGAGCCGGUGGCGCCGCACUCUCUGUGCUUCUCCCCCGACGGCUCGCGGCUGCUGGGCGGCUUCGAGGGCUCCGUGCGGCUCUUCCCCACCGCCCGCCCCGGGCGCCUGCACGACACCCGGCCCCUGCGCCAUGGGGGGCGUGGCCAGGGAGGCCUGAUUGGCUGCCUGGCCUGUAGCCCCGCCCAGCCGGUGUUUGCCUGCGGCUCCUAUGGGCGGAGCCUGGGGCUGUACCCCAUGGAGGGGGGCGGGGCCCUGGCGCUGUGGCCCCACCUCCCGGCCGCCCCCACCCACCUGCGCUUCAGCCCUGACGGGACCCUGCUCUUCGCGGGGGGGCGCAAGGCCCGCCACAUCCUGUGCUGGGACCUGCGGCGCCCGGACCGCGUGCUGCUGGGGCUGGAGCGGCGCGUGGGCACCAACCAGCGCGUCACCUUCGACCUCGACCCCACGGGGCAGUUCCUGGUGAGCGGUGACACCGACGGCUUCGUCACCGUCUGGGACACGCUGCAGCCC